AUGUCAGAAGACAACCUGGCGAAGCAAUCGCCCAGAGGUCGGGAAAGAGACAGUUACUUCAGUCAGACACCCAAUUCUAACCAGCCUGUUGCCCCCAGCGGAGUGCAAGGCUCUGGGUCAAAUAUGUCAUCCCCCAUCAUGAGGGCAAAGUCCAGUUCUAAGUUGAGAAAAGGCAAGCCCAAACCUCCCCAUUUGAAGAGGACAAUGUCCAAGACCGGGAGCGAUAUGGGUAGGGAUGGGGAUCCCAAUGCUGCUGCUAACCAUUACAAGCUUGUGUACUCGGUAGACGAUGACCUCAAUGACGAUAUAGUGGAGGAGGUGGAUGACGAGCCAGCCAAUUUCACGGCUGGGAAUGCCAGAGCUGGUCUUCCCAAGGCAGACAGAGACUACAUAGAGGGAUAUCAGGACGCAUUGAGGUCGCUACAGCAAAGGAGGGGCAGGUCCGUGACCAGCCAAGAGCACCGCAACCCCCAAUUCCAAGAGGAGCAGUUAGCACAACAGGUGGCUGCAUUAUCCAGCGGAUCGAGAAGUAAGCAGGUGACUACUCCUGGCGCUGCAAGGAGUGACGUCGCUAAGGUACCGUCGGGGCCAGUGGAUCAAGAUUUAGACUUCGGCAUACUGAAUGAAGCGACUGAAGACCCUAGAAGGAAAAGAAGCGUUACUACCAUAGAUGAGAAUAGCAUCUUGCUAGACGAUGAUGGCACAACUGGUCCAGCAGACAGGACCGAAGUCUUUUCUGAUGACAAUGGCGGCGAUGACAAGUCCAUAAACUCAACCUCUUCGUCGGAUACCCUUGAGUCCCUCAAUCUUAGAGAGCGUCAGGACGCGAUUAACUCAACGCAUCCCUUUGGUAUUAAGAUCUGGAAACCAUCGUUAUAUAAAAAGAAGCGUUCUGUGGCCACCAGGGCUGAGGAAGAUAUCCAUGACUACGAUCUUCGUGAACCCACCUACAGAAUCUUUUGGGGGGUGUUGCUUUGUAAUUUUGUGUGGUCACUUACCUUUGGAGUCUUACUUUAUUUGGUCUGCUUGGUUGGAUGUGGUUUGGUGUUUUUGUUCUCAGGGUUCGGUUUCCAUAGAUCUCUGAGACGUUAUGUGAAACUAUUGUACGCAGUGGCAAAGUACUGGCUCUCUCCAUUUGGAAUAUUUGUCUUGUUGAACAAGGACAAGAAUUAUAUGGAAGAAGAUGAAUUGGAUGGAAGAUCGUUAGUUGAAUUUCAAAGAUGGAGAGAACAAGAAGAAGGAAGGUUAUUUUUCGCUCCACCAAGAAGGUAUACUACUAAUGUAGAAUCAAGGCCCUUGUUAAAAGACCAUAAGGGAAGGCCAAUGAGCGAGAUCUACUCCAACCUAGACAGGCCUGUAACUGAACUCUUGAAUGAAAGCAUUGCAGGUGGUAGCAGUAACAACAAUAACAGCAAUAGUGAUGCAGCAGACACCUCAGCCAUAGAUGAUGAUAUACAAGAAGAUGAAGAAGAAACUGAAAUUAAUGACAUUAAGAAGCGUUUCUUUGGAAGAGGAAGCUGGUCAUCAGGUAGAUUCAUGUUUUACGUAUUUUUCUAUGUUAUCUUGCAACCAAUAUUGUUCAUUUUAUCACUUUUCUGUUGGUUAUUUGUCUUUACCAUCCCCAUGGCGAAAAUCACCGACACUAUAUGUGACCACUUGAGGAGACACCCCUUGGCACUUCAUUUCGAACCAGAAAAGGAAUACUACGCUUCUCAAGGGAAUGAAGGGUUCCAGAAGAAGAGGAAACAUCAACUGAUAAUCAUGUGUACUUACCGUUGUUGUGGAUUCCACUACUAUAAAUACACCAUUGAUGGAACAAAUAUUUUCUUCAUCAACUUACUUUUCACUGUUGCCUUCGUUAUCUUUGAUUUUUAUUUCUUAAGAGAAACAUUGGAGUUGGAGGCGUGGUACACCGACCCUACUUUCAUUUUUUGUGCCUGUUUAUUUAGUGUGAUUCCCUUGGCAUAUUUUAUUGGACAGGCUGUUGCUUCGAUUUCGGCUCAAUCUUCAAUGGGUGUUGGUGCAGUGAUAAAUGCAUUUUUCUCUACAGUUGUGGAAAUUUUCUUAUAUUGUGUUGCCUUGAACCAAUCAAAGGGGAAGUUGGUAGAAGGAUCGCUAAUUGGCUCAAUUUUAGGUGGGGUCUUGUUAUUACCAGGAUUAUCUAUGUGUGGAGGUGCUUGGAAAAGAAAGACACAAAGAUACAAUCCAAGAUCUGCUGGUGUAUCUUCGACUAUGUUGUUAUUCGCUAUGGUAAUAAUGUUUGCUCCUUCAAUGUUUUAUCAAAUUUAUGGAUCGUAUGAAAUUAAGUGUUACAAAUGUUCUGUGGAAAUGUUUGCGCCCCAAACUCCAUUUGUUAGCAAACCUGACAUAGGUAUUCCCAAUGACUGUACUAAGUGUAGAUUCAUUCAACCAGUUCUUAAAUUGGAUUCACUUUACAGCCAAAUUAUCAAACCGUUUUCAGUCAUUGUUGCAUUUGCGUUAUUUAUUGCCUACGUAUGUGGAUUAUACUUUACUUUGAGAACUCAUGCAAGUUUAAUUUGGGCAACAAAUUCCCAUGAAGUAGCAGCUAAUCCAAAAAGGGAAGAAUUCCAAUACAGUGCAAGAUCCCCAAGUGUUCUUAGUUUGGAUUUACCAAAGGGAAGCAAAGUAGGAGUCAUUGAUGCCAAUUCUAAAGUCUACCAAUUGCCCUCUCCUUCAGCUGAUGUAGCUAAGCAAAGACUUCCUAAAGUUCAAUCCAAUGCAAAACUGCAAUUCAGUCAACUUGCAAGCCCUGUCAAUGGUCCUCCUUCAUCUAAUGUUGUUCCAGGAACACCGGGUGCUUCACAUGUUCCACCUGCAGGCACUCCCAGUGUUAGUACUCAUGGUAGACCAAGCAAAAAGGCCAGUAUUCUUCUUGGAAAAGAGGAAUUGGGAGAUGAUGAAGAAGGUGGAGGUCAUGAUGCUCCUAAUUGGUCCAAGAAGAAGUCCACUGUGAUUUUACUUGGAGCAACCCUUGCUUAUGCCAUUAUAGCCGAAAUAUUGGUCGAUUGUGUGGAUGCAGUUUUAGUUAACUUUCCUAUUAAUCCAAAAUUUCUUGGAUUGACUGUUUUCGCUUUAGUACCUAAUACCACUGAAUUUUUAAACGCUAUUUCAUUUGCAGUAAGUGGAAACGUUGCAUUGUCUAUGGAAAUUGGUAGCGCUUAUGCAUUACAAGUUGUUUUGAUUCAAAUACCCUCAUUAGUCAUCUACACUAUUUAUAAGAACUUCGACGAUGUUAACAAGCUCUUCCCAUUAGUAUUCCCUAGAUGGGAUAUUAUUGCGACUUUGAUGUCCAUAUUCUUGUUCACUUACAUUUACGCAGAAGGGAAGUCUAACUAUUUCAAGGGAGUGAUUUUAAUCCUAAUCUAUGUUGUCAUAAUGAUCGGGUUCUGGUUUAAUGAUCAGAUAGAAGCUUUGGAAUCGUUUGGAUCCGUCAAUGCAAUGGCCCUUCAACAUCUGAUAUCUUAUCAGGGCCUUGGUGGAAUUUUUUAG